CAGAAAAUAAGAGAGAAGAAGAGGUUUGACUGGAGACAACAAGAGGCAGAAGAAGAAGAAGAAGAUGAGUGGUAUAGCGUUGUCCCCCGCGGCUUUGAGCCCCGUAAUCCCUAACAGAAUCAGGAAACUCAGACCAAAAGCCUCGCUCCACGCACAACAAGCUUUCACCUCUGACCCCUACGUUCUGGAACUGGCCGAAACGCUAGAAGAGUCCCUCCCCUCUUCUCCCUCCACCCCACUCCCUCUCCACAACCUCCGCCACGCCUCCUCCGAGGCCCUCCUCUCCACGCCAUGGCCCUCCCGCCGCCACGAGCCCUUCCGCUUCACCGACCUCUCCUUCAUCCGCCAAUCCCGCAUCCUCCCCCCCCCCGCCGCAGACCUCCCCCCCGCUGUCUACGCCGGCGCCCUCUCCGCCCUAUCCUCCCCCUCCCUCCUCCAACGCGUCUCCCAACUCCUCUCCCAAUUCCACCACCAUGACAUCUUCUGGUCCAUCAACGGAAUCGCCGCCCCCGAUUUAACCCUCAUCUACGUCCCCGAGAACUGCCACGUCGACAACCCCAUCCACUUGCACUACACCCCGCCGCACGCUACCACCCCCACCCCGAACACCAUGCACCUUUCCAACCCCAGGGUCCUUGUCAUCGUAGAAAAAGGAGCACACGUCCAAAUAACUGAGGAGUUUUCCAAUGAGAACCAAAAUCACCCUUAUUGGACUAAUGCAGCUUUUGAGGCAGUGAUUGGAGAAGCUGCCAACCUCACGCAUUCUUAUAUCCAGACUCAGUCAUUCCGUGCUGCUCACAUCAAAUGGACCUCUGUUCGUCAGGAAUCGUCUAGUACGUACAAGCUCACCGAGGUGAGCUCGGGAGGAAAAGUGGGAAGGCACAAUCUUCAUAUCCAGCAAUUGGGACCUCACACCGUCACCGAGUUAUCAACUUUGCAUUUGUCUGUUGGGGAUCAAACGCAGGACUUGCAUAGUUCUCUUGUCUUGGACCAUCCGCGGGGCUAUUCUCGACAACUCCAUAAAUGCAUUGUAACCCAUUCUCAGGGACAAGCUGUUUUUGACGGAAACAUUAAGGUUAACAGGUAUGCUCAACAAACAGAUGCAGGGCAGUUGACAAGAAGUCUUCUACUUGAGCCUCGUGCAACUGUGAAUGUCAAACCGAAUCUCCAAAUUGUGGCUGAUGAUGUUAAGUGCUCCCAUGGAGCUGCGAUAAGUGACCUGGAACAAAGUCAACUGCUGUAUUUUCAGGCACGCGGCAUUGACAUAAACACUGCUAGGAGAGUUCUGAUUUUUGCUUUUGGAGGGGAGGUCAUAGAUAAGUUUCCUAAUUCUUCCAUUAGAGACAAAGUACGGAGUCAGAUUAAAACGUUGUUGGAUCCAUCUUCGGAUUCGUCGUCAUUGUAGGUGUGUGAUAAAUGUGUACAUUUUAAGUUGCCGGAUAAAAUGAUGAAUUCAAAUCAAAAUAAUAUUCUUUUUACCAAAAUUCAUUGCUGAGACAAAAUUGAAGUGUGUUCUAUUAUGUAUGUAACUGAUGAGUGAAACAAUUGGUGCAUAAUGCUUCACCGUGUACCACCAAUUUCUAGGUGUAUUUACUUUUAAUGUGAAAAAAAGCAUUUGUUUAGUGUAAAA